UCCUUCCAAAGGUCCACGAUAAAUCGCCGAUUCAGCGAGGAGUACCGUACGCGCUUGACAGUUAGACCGCAUUCUACCUCACUUUCUCGGAAAAUUCUCUCUUUCUCACACUUAUUUUCUCGCUUUUCUUUCUUCUUCUCUGUGUCGGGCUCUGCAGAGCAAGAAGAACAAAGAGAAGAAGAAGAAGAAGAAGAGGAACAAACUGCGUAGAGCUUUAGGUAGAAGCGGAUAAUGGAGUACCAAGUUUCCUCUGCUACUCUCUCCAAGAAACUCUCCAACGGCCAUAGCUUGAGGUCAAAAUCAGUGUACGACGGCGUUUUAUCUGCUCCGUCGUCGAAGUUGAGGGCUCCGAGCUUUUCGUCUCGGGUUCAAGACUACGGCGAGAUAUUCGGUGGCCCCGAAGCUUCGCGAGCCUCUACGAUUCCUUUUCUCGACGUUCCGGCGUUGAAUGGACGAAGCAUUUCGGUCGACGUUCGGAGCUCCAAGCUCGAUUACUCAACGGUUUUCGGUGGCUUUGGAGGAUUAGAUUUUGCGGUAUCUUACGAGGAACUCGUCUCUGAGCCAAAGAAAAGGAAAGGUUUUUCGGAGAAAGCGCGUAGGGGUCCAGGCGAAAGAGCAACCCCUUUGGAAGGAGCAGAUCCUUCUGAUUGUCAAGAAAAGAAUCAGAUGUGUUCAAAUGAAGCAACUUAUGAGUCAUUUGAUGGUGCGAAGAAGUUCAGCAUGUCAUACAAUAAAAUCAAUCAAGGAGGUAAAAAUGGAACCAAUGGGACAACCCACAUAGCUCAGCUUCAUGCUGUUCCUGGUUAUACGCGUUUAAUUGAUGAAAUCACUCCAUCGCACAUGACCGGCAGCAAUAAACCAGUAUCUUCUGCAGUAAAUGAUGCUUAUCUUACCAAAAAGUCCAGUGAAGGGGUAACUGAAGGCGUGCGCUCCACAAAAGCUGUGAAAGAUCUUUCUGCUGGUGGUGCUAGCAAAAAGAAGUCUAAAGGUGGUGUUGCACUUCAAAAUAAAUCUGAUUACUGUGGGUCCGAUUCAAUUGAUAUGUUAUUUGGUGCAUAUGAAUAUGGCCAUGGACAUUCUAAGAAAGUCUCGCCAUCUUCAAGCCCACUGCCCAACUCAUGUAAUACCAAGGGUGAUUCUGAGAGUUCAAUGGCCUCUAAGUUUGGUGUUUCUGGAAUUGAUAAUGAAGGUGCUGGAUGUGCUUCUUCACCACCAUACUUUGAUGAGGAAGUAGAUGCAAAUUCAUUUGCUGCUGCCUCUGUGGCUGCUUUGAAAAAGGCAAUAGAGGAGGCUCAAGCAAGUAUGAAAAUUGUAAAAGAAUCAAUGGCCAGAAAGAAGGAAGGCCUUCAAAAUUGUGGGAAGUUGAGCUCUAAUCAUGGCCUGAAAGAUAAACAGAGAAAGGAGGGUAAAGUAACAGACAAGGUAAACAGAUCCAAAGCGAAAAAUAAUUCGGAGAUAUAUGAAAAAGAGGAUGCUCCACUGCAAGUUUCUGCUGGUACAAGAGAGCAGAAUGGGAUGAGAGCAGGCCACCCAACUCCAGACUUCAGAGUCGGGGAGAAAACUUUUGGCAAUAAAGCUGCUUUACGAGAAGCUUGUGAGAGGGAAUUGAAAUCAACUCAAGCAGAUCAUAGGCAGGAAGCAGCAAAAGUGUGGGAUGCAGGGAACAAAGCAAACAGAUCCAAAGGGAAGAAGGAUUUAGAGAUAUGUGAAAGUGAGGAUGAUCCAGUGCAAGUUUCUGCUGGUACGAGAGAGCAGAGUGGGAUGAGAGCAGGCCACCUAACUCCAGACUUUGAAGUCAGGGAGAAAUCUUUUGGCACUCAAGCAGCUUUAGGAGAAACUUGUGAGAGGGUAUUGAGAUCAACUCAAGCAGAUCAUAUGCAGGAAGCGGCAAAAGUGAGGGAUGCAGUGGACAAGGCAAACAGAUCCAACGAGAAGAAGGAUUUAGAGAUAUGUGAAAGAGAGGAUGAUCCUAUGCAAGUUUCCGCUGGUACGAGAGAGCAGAAUGGGAUGACAGCAGGCCACCUAACUCCAGACUUUGGAGUCAGGGAGAAACCUUUUGGCACUAAAGCUGCUUUAGGAGAAACUUGUGAGAGUGUAUUGAGAUCAACUCAAGCAGAUCAUAAGCAGGAAGCAGGAAAAGUACGGGAUGUAGUGGAACAAAUCUUUGGACUUGUCAAGAGAGGUAUACAAAAAGUAAGAAUGUCAGAGUUUGAGCAGGCAGACAAUAUAAAGAAAGAAGGCUUUGAGAAUACAGAAGAAUUUAGGGAGAGAACAAAUACAAUUAAAGAGGCUCAUAAGCAGGAUGACAUCAAGAGGAAAAUAAAUGCAGUUAAAGGGGCAGUUGAAAGUGAAGAACAUGAAGGCGAAUUAAAAUCAGCUCAACAGGUUCAUGAUCAGGAAGAAAAUGAGAAGAGAUUAAGAGUUGCUCGAGAGCAGGAAGACUCUGAGAAGAAAGUUAAAGCAAUCCAUGAACAGGAAAUAUAUGAAGAGAAACUAACAGAUUUUCAGGACCCAAUAAAUUAUGAGGGAAACAUUGAGACCCAAGGGUUUGAGGAAAAUGAAGACAUGAAGGGGCAGAUGGAGGCUCAGGAAUGGGUAGAAAAUGAGAAGAAAGUAAAAGAGACUUGUGAGGAGGAAGAACAAGAGGAUGCGCACUAUGGGGAAGAAACCGAAAAGAGGUUAGACAAAGUUCAUGAGCAUCCAAGAAUUGAGAUGAGAUUUAAUGACUUCCAUGAUGAGGAAGAAAAUGGGAAGAGUCUUAAAGAGAAUGGUGAGUUGGAGGGAAAUGAGAAGCCUCAAGAGGCUGGAGAAAAUGAGACGUUACUUAAAGGGUCUGCUUAUCAGAGUGAAGAAAAAGAUAAGAGACAAAAGGAGACUUACGAAUCGAUAGAAACUGAGAGAACACAAAUAGAGAUUGAUCAGAGUGCAGAAGAUGAGAAGAAAUUUGAAGUGGUCCAAGAAGCUCUUAAUUACAAGAACAAUCUUGAGAUAGCUGAUGAUCAAUGUAAGCAGGACGAAAGUGAGAACCCAAACAAAAAUCAAGAAGCCAGUAGACAUAUAGAAAAUGAUGAAGAUGUGGAAUUAAUUUUAGAGGUAGCUGCACAUGAAAAGAAUGGCAGUACAAUUGAAGUAAAUCAGGAUUCCAUUAAACAGGAGGAGAGUGGAAAAGAGUUGCAACCAGUUAAAGAUGAAAAGACGGUGAAAGUGGCUGAAGAAGCUCUUUAUCAUGAGAACAAUCUUAAUGCUGCUGAUGACAUAUGUAAGCAGGACAUAAGGGAGAACCUAAGUGAAAAUCAGGAAGCCUGUAUACAUAUAGAAAAUGAUGAAUAUGUGGAAUUUAUUUUUGAGGUAGCUGCCCAUGAAGAGAAUGGGAGCAUAAUUGAAGUAAAGAAUGGGAGUACAAUUGAGCUAAAUAAAGCUCCUAUUGAACAGGAGGAGAAUGGAAUAAUAGAGUUGGAAACAGUUAAAGAUGAAAAGACGGUGAAAGUGGUCGAAGAAGCUCUUUAUAAUGAAAACAAUAUUGAGACCAUUGAUGAUGGAUGUAAGCAGGAUGAAAGUGAGAACCUAAGUGAAAGUCAGGAAUCCAGUAGACAUGUAGAAAACGAUAAAUAUGCAGAAGCAACUCUAGAGGUAUCUUCCCAUGAAGAGAACAGGAGUACAAUGAAAGUAAAUACAGCUUCCUUUGAACACAAAGAGAAUGGGCACGAAUCAGAAGCAGUUAAAAAGGCAAACGACAUGGAAGAUAAGGAAAUACUUGAAACAGUUGGUUUUCCUCAAGAUACCUUUAGACUCACUGAGAUGAAGUGUCAAAUGGCAGAUACAAUAGAGACUACUGCUUUUGACUUGGAUGGGGUAGAUUCCGUUGAAAGUGAAAUGAGCUUUGGGCAAAAGCAAAAUGAACAACAUGCAGAAGAACACAAAGAAGUGUGCAAUCUAGGAAGGAACAUUGAAGAAUUGGAUUCUGAACUGGGUAAAAUCUAUGAGAACAUCAAGGAAGUUGAAGUUGCUGCAGAUCAGGAAGAAGACCAGAAGGACUCCAUGUCCUUUCACGAGGAGAGAUGGGUUGAUGGUGGAAACAAGGUGAAAGCAGCUCAGCUUCCUAGCAUGUUUGAAGGGGAAGGUGAAAGUGUGGAAACAGCCGAGGAGAUCAAAAUAACCCGGACUACAGAAAACUAUGAGCAGAAUCAUCAAUCAAACAUGACAAUGGAAGAGAAGGAAAGCAAUGAUACUCUGCAAAAGGAAGUGGAGUUGGAAAAGCAACAGUAUAAAAAAAUAGAUGAAGUGAAAAAGAGGGAAAGGGAAAGAGAAAGAGAGAAGAUGGUUGUUGAAAGAGCCAUCCGUGAAGCUCGUGAAAGAGCAUUUGCUGAAGCCCGAGAAAGAGCAGAAAGGGCUGCUGCUGAGAGAGCCUCUGUUGAAGCUCGUCGAAGGGUAAUGGCAGAGGCUCGAGAAAAGUUGGGGAAGACUUCUGCAGAGGCUAAUGAAAAGUCGCCAGCUGAGAAGUCUGCUAUGGAAGCCAAACUUAAAGCUGAACGUGCCGCUGUAGAGAGAGCAACAGCGGAGGCUCGAGAGCGUGCUCUUGAAAGGGCAAUUUCCGAGAAAUUUUCUGGUGCUUCCAGAGAUGAUGGAAGGAGGCAGAGCUUUUCAACCCAUGAUCCACAGCAAAAAGGCUCAUGUCCUCCCAGCAAUUCAACUUACCCCAAUUCUUCAAGUUCCGGUGGUAUGUCAUGUGCUCCCCACUCUACUGAGAAAUUUGAUGGAGCUAAUGGCGAAUCGGCUGAGAGGAGUAAAGCUGGGUCUGAGAGGCAUCAAAGAAUAGUAGAGCGUGCGGCUAAAGCUCUUGCAGAGAAGAAUAUGCGUGAUUUUCUUGCACAGAAGGAGCAAGCAGAUAGAAAUAGAUUGGCAGAAGCACUUGAUGCUGAUGUUAAAAGGUGGUCAAGUGGGAAGGAAGGGAACUUGAGGGCACUGCUUUCGACGCUACAAUAUAUCCUUGGGCCUGAUAGUGGUUGGCAGCCAGUUCCUCUAACAGAUAUUAUUACGACCAGUGCUGUAAAGAAAGCUUACCGCAAAGCUACUCUUUUUGUUCAUCCUGACAAGUUGCAACAGCGGGGUGCAAGCAUUCAGCAAAAGUACACGUGUGAAAAGGUUUUUGAUCUUCUAAAGGAGGCUUGGAACAGGUUCAAUGCUGAAGAACGGUAAAUAAUUUUUUUUUCUUAUUUGUCUCAUAACCAAGCAAUACAAUUAAAAAACCAAUUGUAGGCAGUUUUUCUCAUUUGAACAAAUUCUGGCCACAAAGAUGUAACUCCAUGAAAUGGCAUCAAUUGAGAAGUCCUUUUGAGGAAAAACUAGUAUCAUUCGUUUCUUCUUCUUUUUCCCGAGGAUGGAGGCCUCAGGAACGUAGUCACCCCAAAUUGAAGGAGUCAGUUCAGCCCCAAUCUAUGGCUCCCCAAGUAUCAUCCUUCUGGCACCAAAAACUAUCAAAUUUGAAAAUGUGACACUUAUUCUCCUCCAAUUACCACUCUCUCAUAAAUAAUACCCUCCGUUAGCAGUUG